AUGAAGAUUGUCGGCUCAUAUUUGGAGAGAGAAACUUUUGAAGAUGAGCUUGCCGUACGGGAGCAAGUGCGAGGAGCAUUGCACGGGAUGAUUACAGUGGAUGACAAAGAGGUUUCCACUUCUAUGUUUCAAAGAUUAGUCACAGUUGUACAACCAUGGAUCUCCCUCUUAAACAUGACCAUUUUACCUCCAGCAGUUUUCUUUAUUCUGAGAAAUGUUAUGAGGUAUGUUCACAAAGGGAUUUUGUGAUU